UACGCAGCUGUCUUCCCCUUCCCUGCCGCCCUUUUGCUUUCACUUUGCGACUGCUGACAGCCGGCUCCGCCAUGGAGAACCACGCCGUCUACAACCAGACCACCGAGCCGCAGGCCAAGCCGUCCCGCCGCCCCUUCGGCUGCACCCUGCGGCACCUGCGGGGAUGGCGGCUGCCCACCAAAGCGCUCCAAGCGAUUCUGUCUCUUCUGGCUGUUAUUUGUGAAGAAAUUGUGGAGGAUUGUAUCCAGUGUGGUGGACUUUACUUCUUUGAAUUUGUAAGCUGCAGUGCCUUUCUUUUGAGCCUCCUGAUCCUCUGUGUGUAUUGCACUGAUGUAUAUGGAACACUUGGGGAAGACAAAGUACAGAGAGUGAAUUUUUGGUCCAUGCCAGUCAUAGGUGUCUGUUUUCUGUCAGCAUCAAUAGGGUUUGCUGUGACAAGCUCCGGGUCUGCUGUGGAAAAAGCUGCAUGUGCAUUUGGAUUUCUUGCAAGUACUGCGUUUAUAGCUGAAAUUAUUAUAGAGUAUUUUCACAGUCAGAAACAAAACGUUGAGGGACGCCCUGAAAAUCCAGGCAACACUCAGCGUGCCACAGAAAAUCAGCCACUGAACACAUAA